AAAAACAAAUAUGAUUUUUCUUCAAACAAUUUUUUUUUCCCAACCGAUUUUAGCAUUGGUCACAUAUAUUGUACAUCUACUAAAGAUUAAAUGACAUAAAUUACAUUUUCAUUAUGUCAUAGAAAAAAAUGAUGACUAAACUUUUUAUUUUAUUUUUUAUGUAGUAUUUCCACGUUAGACACCGCUACAAUUUUUUCCCCAGUGAAUCAUCCACCGACGAGCUAUAAGUUGUAUUUUUUUAUUCAAAAUUUUACCUGUGAGAACAUGGGAUUACUAAAAACUAAAGUUUAGGAGGCUGAAAUUUUGUAUCUGCCCUAGCUCGAUGGAGGCAAAAUAACUUGGCUUAUCCUGGCUCGGCCUUUUAAGGAAUUUAUGAUAAAAUUUGAACUAUAAGUAUCAAAAUGGCAUUUGCCACAAGUUCCAGUGAUUUUCUAGGACAAAAUUUUCCUUGAAAGGAAGUGUAAAUUGAUUUCGAAAAUAUAUAAUUGUUUUGAUGAAGAAACCUACCCUGAAAAUAUGACGUAGGCAUGUUGUAUUUUUUUCCGUAAUAAGUAUAAACAAGUGAACAUGAUUAAAAAGCUUCUGGUUUCUUCAUCCCUGUUUAUAUUACAAAGCCUAUACAAACAUCCAUAAUAUAUUCAUCUCAUCAUCUUACGUAAAAAGCAAUGUAGAGAUAUUUGCAGUUUCUAUCCGGGCCUUAAAUCGAAUCUGUUAUUAAAUCCUACUUUAGCAGGGGGAGAUAAGAUGUCGACUAGAGACUCAUUUGUAUUUAUGAUCCAUAAAGUUCCAAAGUCGCCUUAAAUUUUCCUCAUACAGUCAUAUAUUUUAACAAUGAAUAUUUUCUUUUUUUAGGUAAGGCAGUUCUGUUUGGGAAGUUCUUUAAUUUAAAGAUUUACGACGCUAGCGGCACCCCUGCAUCAGGCGAACAGACGAGAUCAUGUGCAAUCGAAGGUGAGGGCGCCGUCACUGAGCAGUAAUCAUGGCAGAAGAGAAGAAGAAAGAUGGAACCGAACUCUUAAGCAAAAAGAAGAAAGUCAAACCGCGAAAAUCCAGGGACGCAGACUGCUGUAGUGUAAAUUUUAUAAAAUGUGUUCUGCACAUAUUCAAUGUGGUAUUUUUGUUUGCAGGCAUGAGUGUACUAUGCGUCGGCGCGUGGACGGUGUCGUCGCGGCACCGCUACGUGCCGCUGCUGCCGUCGCUGACGUAUCCGGCCAUAGCGUACCUGCUGAUCGCUGCCGGGGCUGCCGGCCUGCCGCUGGUCGCGCUCGGCUGCUGCGGCCUCAAGACUGAGAACAGAACCAGUUUACUCUGUUACACAUACUUCCUGCUCAUAACGUUCUUCCUGGAGGCGGGCGCGGGCGCGCUGGCCUACUACUACGAGGUGCAGGUGGAGCCCGAGCUCCAGGCGGGGCUCAACAGCACCCUCGUUGGCAACUACGCUCUUGACACAGUCAUCACGGACGCGGUGGAUCGCAUGCAGACUGAAUUUAAAUGCUGCGGGGCAGUAGACUACAAAGACUGGCGGCGAAGCAUGUGGCAUGAAUACGACUCGGAGCUCCUAGUACCGGACUCGUGCUGUAAGACGGCCACGCCGCGCUGCGGGUCCCGCGAUCAUCCUUCCAACAUAUACUAUACGGGCUGCGUCCGGCACUUCAUAAUCCACAUCCGCGAGCACCUGAUCAUCCUGGCGGCGGUGGGCGUGGGCAUGUCCGUGAUCCCCAUGUUCGGGUUCCUGUUCGCGUGCGUGCUGUACGUCAAGAUCAAGCACGUGGUCGACUGACCGAGGCCCAAGCCCUCGUCCGCCAACACCCGCAAGGUGUUCGACAAGUCCGCCUCCGCGGGCGACCUGUCCCGGGCCGGACGAGGCUGCGCCGCGCCGCGGCCGCGCGCGCCGCCGCACCGCCCGGCCCGCGCGCCCUGCCCGCUGCACCCCGGCCGGCGGGCGCCCGUGGCUACCAUUAGCGACAACGUCAGCAUAUGAUCGUACCCGCCGCUGCUGGUCGGUGGGCCCGCGCCGCCCGGCCCGCGCGCCCUGCCCGCUGCACCCCGGCCGGCGGGCGCCCGUGGCUACCAUUAGCGACAACGUCAGCAUAUGAUCGUACCCGCCGCUGCUGGUCGGUGGGCCCGCGCCGCCCGGCCCGCGCGCCCUGCCCGCUGCACCCCGGCCGGCGGGCGCCCGUGGCUACCAUUAGCGACAACGUCAGCAUAUGAUCGUACCCGCCGCUGCUGGUCGGCGGGCCCGCGCCUGCCGCCGCCGUGCGCUCGGCCAACCUUGAGAGAAACCGCUCGCCCCAAUAAACGAGACCUUUUCAUAUGUAUAACAUACGUUAAUGGGUGAUUUAGCAUCGAAUCACGCGUGCGAAUGAAAUCAAAUUAUACAUCAAUUUGUAAUAUAACACCUUAAACUCUCACAUUGUGUACACAUAUUUAAUGUCUUUAACGGGUCUAAUGCCAUUAAAAACAUUUAUAUAAACUAAUAUCGGGUAGUUUAGUAUUGUUUACCAAUAUAUCCAUUGACAUUUUGCUAGGACUUCAGUCUUCCGUGACCACAGCUAGGUCAGCUAGUGCAACAUGGCUGAAACGUCGGAUAAAAGGUAAAAUAAUGAAAUGACCCGUUCAUUGUAAGUUCAAAUCGGGUUCCGUACGACGUAACGGAUCAGUAAUCACUAUUCAAAGUAUUUUGAAUGUUACUAUUACCAAUGAUACAUUGAUUGAGUAAGAUGCAUAAAAUUGAAUCAAAUUUGACAGGUAAACGAGAUGGCGCUGUACACGUACAGCUCCAUACAUUUUGCGGUAACUCUGAUUUUUCGUAUCUAUUUUACUUAAUUUCUGGGAGAAUCAACUUUUUAGCGUCACUCGUUGCCAUGGUUACGAUUAGUUGUCCAGGGGACAAAAGUUCAUUGAAAUACUGAUUUUAUGGUACUUAAAUGUAUCAAACUUGCGUUUUUGUGGUCGUUAUAACCAAUGUCCAUAAUGGGCCCCUACUAAGCAUGUUAAUAGAACGGCAUACAACGUCUCUUCAAACAAACUGUGCCACUGUUGUCCCUUGGACAACGGGACAGGAUAACAAAACAAAAAAAGUUGAUUCACCCAUCUACAUCUUUGAAUCGAAGCAAAUACCUGAAGAUUAAAAUUAAAUUUGUUGCUUAUAGUUUUUGUCAUAGGUACGUACAUAUUAUCACACUGCAUGUCAUAAUACCUAUAGCUGUAUGUCCCUACAUUUAUUUUAAUGUAAAGUGAUAAUUUUGUUACUUCUAUUUUUGGAAUAAUGUAUUACUAGACGUCCUUCAAAUGAACAUCGUAAGUUACCUACUAUAUUGUAUGUUAAGUGUUUUUUUUUUUAUAAUACCUAUAAGAACAUACCGAGAUGCAAUAAGGAAUUCAUUUUUUUUCUAUUUAUGAAUCUCAACAGAUUGUAUAAUAGACUAAGUAUACGUAAACUAUAUUUUAUUUUUUAUUAUUUCGCUUAAAUCUACGACGGUUGUCACGUUGUUGUAUGGUAACCACCUAAGGCUGGCACCACAUUUGAGAAUGUAAACGCAAGUACAUAUAUAUAUAUUUUAAUUU